AUCAAGUUUAUCAUCAAAAUGACUACAGAAUUAUAAUGUUUGAAUCUGUUUCAAAGUUGUUCUCAUUUUCUAAAUGGUUUUCAUCAAAUCAAAAUCUAAACGUAUGGUUAACCGAUGUACAAUCACGAUUAAAAUUCUGGAAAAAACGUUCAAUUACAUUGAAUCGUGGUGAUCUAUCAUAUCACGUAACGUAUCUGGGUAAUGUACCAACAUUUUGGGCAAAAGGUGAUCAAUUUGUUGAAUCACCAUUAAAUAUUUUAUGGAAAAAUUAUGAACGUAGAAAAGGAAAAAAAGCAUUAACCAAAAUGAAGAUAACAAUAUGUAAUUCGGGUUUGAAAGUAUAUACUCGUGAAUUAGGUAAUAUUGAAUAUUGGUCGAAUAAAAUUACCUAUGUAACAAAUACAAAUACACAUCCACGUGUAUUUAUUUGGAUUUAUCGACAUACCGGUAAACGUGGAAAACCCGAAUUACGUUGUCAUGCUGUACUAUGUAAACGUUCAAAUCAAGCAAAUCAAAUGGCCGAUGAAUUAAGAAUACGUCUUUAUAAUGCUUUAAGAGAAUUUCGUCGUGAAAUCUAUCUACGACAACAAACACCAAAUAAUACAUUGCCGAUAAGGAAAAAAUUUCUAGUCAAUGGAUCAAAAUAUUUUAAACAACCAUUAGAACGAUCACAAAGUGCACCAAAAUUAGAUUCAAUAGAGGAAAAAGAAGAAGAAUCCGAAAAAACAGACGAUGUAGUAGAUGGUCCAAAAAGGAAAUCUAUUUCUAAUGAAGGUGACAAAACUGAAGAAACAACACCAAAGAAAUUGAAAACUGAUUCUGAAGCCGUAGAAAAAACUGAAGGUGAUGUAACUUCUUCGGCCUAAAUCAAUGUUUGGACACACUGCACACCACAUACAAAAGACAGAAAAUUUACACAUCAAUUUUUGUUUCCUUUUCAUUCAUAUCCAUUUCAAUUCGAUUCGUUUAAUGUCCACACAACACAUUUCUCAAAAAAAAAAA